AUGGAGACUAGUAACAAUGUAACAGAAUUCAUUCUACUGGGGCUCACGGAAAAUCCGAAGAUGCAGAACAUUCUAUUUGCAGUGUUUUUUGUCAUCUACAUUGUCACCAUAGCAGGCAACGUGCUCAUUGUGGUCACGAUCACCGCCAGCCCAUUGUCAGCAUCUCCCAUGUACUUCUUCUUGGCCUAUCUCUCCUUCAUUGAUGCUUGUUAUUCCUCUGUCAACACCCCUAAACUUAUUGUAGAUUCACUCCAUGAAAAGAAGACCAUCUCAUUCAAUGGCUGCAUGACCCAAAUCUUUGGAGAGCAUUUCUUUGGAGGUUCUGAAGUCAUCCUUCUGACGGUGAUGGCCUAUGACCGCUACGUGGCCAUCUGCAAACCCCUGCACUACUCAACCAUCAUGAGCCGGAAAGUGUGUGUUCUCCUGCUGGGAGUCUCUUGGAUGGGAGGCUUCCUUCAUGCAACCAUACAGAUACUUUUCACCGUCCGAUUACCCUUCUGUGGUCCUAACAUCAUAGAUCACUUUAUGUGUGAUCUGAACCCUUUGCUUAAUCUUGCCUGCACUGAUACUCAUACCUUAGGACUUUUUGUUGCAGCCAACAGUGGAUUUAUCUGCUUGUUAAACUUUCUUCUCUUGUUAGUCUCCUAUGGGGUCAUCUUAUAUUCCUUAAGGACCCACAGCUUGGAGGGGAGACGCAAAGCCCUCUCCACUUGUGUAUCUCACAUCACAGUGGUCAUCUUAUUCUUUGUACCCUGCAUAUUUGUGUACAUGAGACCUGCAACCACUUUAUCCAUUGACAAAGCAGUUGCUGUAUUCUAUACCAUCAUCACUCCAAUGUUAAAUCCUUUGAUCUACACCUUGAGAAAUGCCCAGAUGAAAAGUGUUAUUAGGAAACUGUGUAGUAGGAAAGUUAUUUCAGAUGACAAAUAA